ACCAAAAAAAAAAUGUUAUUAUUAAAUGGUGAGAAAUGAAAGGAAGUAUUGGAUACAGUCUAGUCUACACGUUCCUCUGCUUCACUCUUAGCUAACACUUGUGUGUGCCCUUUCUCUUUCUUUGUCUUCUUCCUCAAAUUUGCUUCGUUCACUUUCAGAUUCUCUCACCAGACACGAACUCCAGAUUCAUCCCGACAAUGAAAACAUUCCAUCUCCUCCUUUUUCUUUCUCACUUUCUCUUCUUGAUGACGACGCACGCCACGCUUACCUCAGCAAAAUCUCAGAUCGUUGACUGUACAAUGUGCACUUCUUGUGACAAUCCUUGUCAGCCAAACCCCUCUCCUCCGCCUCCGACUCCAUCUCCUCCGCCUCCAGCCACCACCACCACACCCGCCUGUCCUCCGCCUCCUAGAUCCAGUGGUAGUGGUGGUGGUGGUGGUGGUCCUUACUACUACUACCCACCUCCUUCUCAGUCUGGCUCUUACCUUCCACCACCAUCUUCUUCCGGCAGCGGUGGCUACUAUUAUCCGCCGCCUAAAAGUGGAGGGAACUACAACCCUUAUACGCCGCCGCCAAACCCAAUCGUUCCGUACUUUCCGUUUUACUACCACAGCCCUCCGCAGCAAUCUGUUGUGUCGGCCGGAUCCGAUGUGAAAGUCAAACUCUCUUACGGAUUCUCUUUUGUCUUAAUUUUUGCUCUUUACUUAUAAUAAGACAGAUAAUAGAGGUUGAUUGUAACUUCAAGAAACCCUCAGAUCUAUGCAUGAGAGAUCUUUAUGAUUCUUCUGUUUUCUUUCUCCACUACGUUUUGCUUGUGCAAGUAGCAAAUUUAUCUGUACUUCUAUCAUUUUUAACAAUUUUAUGAAUGUAGCCUUUUAUUAUCUUAUAAUUCUAGUAAAAGUUAUAUAAAUGGGGUUUGUUUGUUUGCCUUUA